AUGGAGUCUUUGCAGCAGUCAAUGGAACAGAUGAUGGAAAACUUCAACACAAGGAUGGCAGCUUUCCAGGAUGGUCUUGAUAAAGCCGGUGCCUCACCGGUUAGCUUGGCCUCGCUUGCAUCUGAUUUCUCACGCUUCAAAUCCUUAAUCGGUGAGACACUUCGAAACCUUCAGCAACAGGUGCGGGUUAUUGCACAACAGCAGGAUCGCCUUGAAAUGAACAGUCGUCGCAAGAUACUGUUGUUACAUGGGAUUUGUGAAAACAGUGACAGUAAUUUAACAGUUGUAGUAACCAAGAUCUUUGCUGAGAAACUUAAAAUAUCCAUCCCAACAAACAGCAUAAGCCGUACUCAUCGCAUGGGCCGAAUAACCAGUGGAAAACCUCGCCCCAUUCUGGUCAAAUUUCAUAGCAUAGAGGAUAGAAAUAAAGUCUGGAUGGCGAAAACUGGGCUCAAAAGUAGCGGCAUUACAAUAUCCGAGUUUCUCACUAAAGUAAGACAUGAGGCUUUUAUGAAUGCUCGUAAACACUUCGGCGUAUCUAAGUGCUGGUCACACAAUGGGGCCGUAAUGAUCAUUGGGGCAAAUGGUCAGAAACAUCGAGUCUGUUCAGUUGGUGAGGUUAACAGACUUAUUAAUUUGUCGCCGAUUGCUACUAAAAAUGUGACGCUUCCAGCAGCUAACCCGCCAGCGACAGCCCUGAAGACAUCGGAAACGGCAGGCGUAACACAUUCCAAACGCUUUUUGAAGAAGUGAUUUGUUUUUGUACGCUGUUCAGUGUUGUAUUAUUAUCGGUGACAAUAUUAUUCGCGUUAUUCUGCUACACUCGUAACUUUUCGGUGGGUAGAUUCAGUAGGUAAAUAUGUUUUAUUAUUAUUAUUUCUUUUUUAUUAUAGUCUUACGUUUAAA